AUGGAUAGGCUCUACCGAAUAUUCAGAUCGGACGUUUUGUUGUCUUCAUCAGACGGUCGACCUCACGGAUUUCUUUCAGAAGUUGAAUAUAAAGCAAUCGAAAAGGCUGAUACCAAAUCAGAUGUGCAAUUUUCUUCGUUCCUUCAUCUUACCGGAAUCUGGACUUUUUCAUCCUUCAUUCCUCUUGGGUUUUAUCUCGCUUGUGUUCAUCAUACCGUUAUUACAUUAGGUAAUUCUAAAUUAUAUGAAUUCACAUUUGUUCAAACAUGUCUUGUUUCAGCGAUUGCAAUAGUUGCAUUCGGAUUAUGCGUUCCUUCGGCGGUGAUAACUUUGUAUAUUAUCAGACUAGCAUACGUUUACAUCAAGUUUUGUUACCAUCUCAGUUAUACGCAAUCGGCCUGGAUUCAGAUGGAUAAAUUACACGAAAAGUGGUUAAAAGAGUGCUUCAGAUGGGAGCACGAUCAGUAAGUUGCGUCUUCUUUGUUUGGUUUUUGUACAUGGUUUUGUGUUAAUUUAACUCUGUCAUUGCCGAUUGCUUUCCUCCUGAAAUUAUUAUUUGUUACCUAAAACAAUAUUUCAGCCCAGAUCAAGCGACAAAGCCUGGAUUCAUCUAUUGUAGAGAGAAACGGGUUAUAAUGUUCCGUCGUCUGGCUUUUUUCAUUCUACGUUACCACAACUAUCUCUCACAUUCUGAUAUGAAUUCUACAAUUGAUUUGGAAGUUCAGCAACUGGAUUCCUUGGUGAACUUGGCAGCCGCUGUGCCGGAUCAAUUUCUUUCUCUCACAAGUCUCAAUAACAUGGUCGUUUUGAUGAAUACAAUGAGAUCGAAGACAAUAUUAACGGUUAAUAUUGAACAUCAAAGAAAAAUAUCGGAGAUGCUGGAGCUGAAUCUGUUUUCCUGGAAUGCUCUGAGGUAUUGUGAAGGAGUGGGAAGCGAAUUGUCCGAGAAGCAUGUCCUCACUGCAAAUGCUUUUCAACUGAAGAUGGAAGUUCAAUUGGAAAUGGAAUCUGAAGCAACACUUCUGGAGAGCAGUCGUAUCUUGGAUAUGAAACCUCAGACUUUGGAAGAGGCAAGGAGACAGUACAAGUAUUUGGCGGAAAGGCAUGUUGAUUUUAUAUGACCUUCAUUGUUUCAGAUUAAUUUCUAUCGACAAAAUCCAUCGAGAUGACCCAGAGUGUGCUUUUGUUUACUUGGAACUGCUGGAUAAGUAAGUAAAUUUUAUUUGAUUUUGUAACUAAUAUAUCGAAGGGUUAGCAAUGUCAGUUUCAGUUCGGAGAGUCCUCGAGAUGACGUCUUCUCAGCCGUGUAUUCCAUCCUGAUUGAGGUGAAACGAGCGAUGGAUGUUUUGGAAAGGAUUCGAGAUAACCAGAGGAACUUCAACAUGUCUGGAUAA